UUUGCAUUUUCUCGCAAUCCGCUCAUUCAUCUGAGAAAAAAUUUCCGUAAACCCGCUUUCCGAAAUCGGAAACCCAUCUCGAUUUUCUCGGAAUCCAAACAACCCAUCGAAUCGAAAAUGCCAAAGGACAGGAAAACCGGAAUCGCCAUGGAUUUCUCGGACAGCAGCAGGAACGCACUUCGGUGGGCGAUCGAGAACUUGGCAGACAAAGGAGACACUCUUUACAUCAUCCACACCAACCCCGAUGAAUCCGCUAACAAUCUCUGGUCCAAAUCCGGUUCUCCUCUCAUACCGUUGACCGAGUUCAGGGAACCGGAGACCCUGCACAAGUAUGGUGUUAAAGUCGACAUCCCUGUUCUUGAUUUGCUCGACACCGCUUCUAGGCAAAAAGAGGUGCAUAUUGUGUCGAAAUUAUAUUGGGGAGAUGCAAGAGAGAAGCUGCUUGACGCCAUUGAUGAUUUGAAGUUGGAUUCUAUUGUUAUGGGAAGCAGAGGACUUAGCACCAUUAAAAGGAUCAUAUUGGGGAGUGUAAGCAACUUCAUGGUGACACAUGCGGCUUGCCCUGUCACCGUCGUUAAGGAUAACAGCCCCAACUAAAGCUGCGUGUUCUGUCUCAUCAUCUUUCACUCCCAAAUAAUAUAUCAUAAACUAAGAUAUGAUUUUCGUUGUUGGAUUUUAUUGUUUUGCGCUCGGAGACAUGAUGAUCCUUAUCUUUAAUUCCACGUCAUUUCUAUAUUUUUUAUAUUA